UUAUAUAUAUGUUACACAAUUCUCACGGCACUUGCCCAAAAUCAUUUCUUGUGCAAAAAAAAAAUUCUCCAAAAAUUUCUUUAACCAAAGAAACAAACCAACAAACUCCAAGAUCCCAUAACAUGUCAGCCGCAGCCGCUGCUGCCGCCGCAGCUGCCAACGCAAGCCGGUACAACUCCAGAAACACAACCACCACCAGUUCAACCUCCCAAUACAGCGUCAACAACCACCACCACCACCACCAAUUAUCACUAUUCCCACCACCCCUGCGGUCACCGCAGCUGAGCCGUUACGAGGCCCAGAAGCGCCGUGACUGGAUCAUGUUCAGGCAGUACCUGCGCAACCACCAGCCACCACUCGCUCUCUCCCUGAUCAGCGGGUCCCACGUGCUCGAAUUCCUCCGCUACCUGGACCAAUUCGGAAAGACCAAGGUUCACAGCAGUAACUGCAUCUUCUUCGGCCACCUCCACCCGCCGGCACCGUGUCCAUGCCCUGUCCGCCAAGCCUGGGGAAGCCUCGAUGCGCUGGUCGGCCGCCUACGCGCUGCCUUUGAGGAGAGUGGCGGACGGCCGGAGACGAACCCGUUUGGGGCACGCGCCGUCCGGAUUUAUCUGAGGGAAGUGAGGGACAGUCAGGCUAAUGCUAGAGGGACUGAUUAUGAGAAAAAGAAGAGGAAGAAGCCGUAACAAAUUCAAAUUUAGUGGGUACGUCAGUAGCCUCAGAUAGUUGGGAUCCAUACAGAUGCUGUACCACGUCCCACGUCCUCAGACGUGUGAUGUUUGUGAGCCGUCGCAGUACUACAGAGAAUGGGGAUCCUUGUUCCAGAUAUGGUAGUGUCGGGUCAGUUACAGUCUUUUUGAUCAACUGGAUGUUGGUCAUGUCCAAUCUUUUUAUCUGAACCCAAUGAAGCUCUGGUGAUGGCGGGUUCAUCUGAUCAUGCUGGGAGUUCCAUGAUUUUUCCAUCUUCACAGAACUAGAUAAAGUAUUAUUACUCGUUGCUAUAUAUAUAUGAAACUGUUGUUUGUUAUUAAAUUUGAUCUUGCUUAUGGUUUACUUUACCCUGUUUUGUUUGAGAGUCAAGUCGUUGAUUUGGUGCUCUAAGAUAUGUUUGUGAGGUAAGGAAGACGAUAGGGAGGGUUGAUCUUAUCUCUUCCUUUUCGAAGCUUUUGUGUGGAUAGCAAAUAAGAGAAAUGGUUCUUUUACAUUA